CGGGCGGGAGAACAAAGCUGCUGCUACCCCGGUGUGAGCCGAGCAGGGCUGAGCAGCUGCUGCUCCUGAGUCUGUGCAGGGGGUCUGGCAUUAACCCCUCCGUGCCCGGUGGGGGGGCUUUCUCCAGCUGGGCCCCGCCCCCUGGUCAGCCCCGGGCUCUGCCCACCCCACCCAGCCCCGGCCCGGAGCCCCCGGCUGCAGAAUGACGUCCAUGUUUCGCUCCAGAUCAUCCCAUCCUCCCAUGGGAGAAGGAAGAGAAAUGGCAGCAGAGGAGCCUGUUCUGGGGCUGGUGACCUUCGAGGAGGUGGCUUUGUAUUUCACCAGGGCAGAGUGGGCUCUGCUGGACUCUGCUCAGAGAGCCCUCUACAGAGAUGUCAUGCAGGAGAACUAUGAGAAUGUGACCUCGCUGGGUAAGGGUUCCUGUCCCCUCGGUUCUUGGAAGGGGAAAUGGGUUCACGCCAGCCCCACAAUGCAAUCUCUGCUCUACCCUGUCUGUGCAUCACCCCAAUAUGCCAGUGACACACACAAUGCCACAGACCCUCCCCUGCUGCAGAACACUUUGGGAACAGCACAGGAGCAGUAUCGCACAGUGUCAAAUCACCUGUUUGCUCAAGUAAACUACUUUGAGGUGGGGCGAUUACAUCUGCAUGCAGUGUUAUACUCCUACAAAGCGCACAGGAUCUUUAUAGAGGAAGGGUUUCCAGUUUCCAAAUCUGAUGUGAUCUCCCAACUGAAACAAUGGGAAGAGCUGUUGGUCCCAGACCUCCAGUGUUCAGAGGAAAGAGAGAUCCUGAGAGUUCUCUGCACAGCAGGUGAUGCAAUGGCAUGUGAGAAAGAGGAGCAGAAUUCUCAGCAGGAAAAUGUUGAGCAAGUGGAUAAGCACAGAGCAUUAUUGCAAAGAUUGGAAAGGAAUGUGUCCAGGAGUCAUGAGCAGAGAAAAUCCUGUGAGAUUCCGGGAAGACCAGAAAGAGAGCAGGGAAAGCAGCCAGGGGAGAAAGUGGGAAGAUUUAUUUCCUGUCAGGAAACUCAGAAGGACCUCAAGGAAACCACAACACAGCAGGAAAUCCUCAUGGGAAAGAGAAAAAAUACAUGCACUGAGUGUGGAAAAAACUUAUGUGAUUACUCCAGCCUUAUAAAGCAUCAGAGAAUCCACACAGGGGAGAGGCCCUAUGAAUGCUGUGAGUGUGGGAAAACCUUCAAACGCAGCUCAGCCCUUUCUGAACAUCAGAGAAUCCACACUGGGGAGAGACCCUAUGAAUGCAGUGUGUGUGGGAAAAGCUUCACGAGCAGCUCAGGCCUUUCUAAACAUCAGAGAAUCCACACAGGAGAGAGGCCGUAUGAAUGCAGUGAGUGUGGGAAAACCUUCAAUUGCAGUUCGCACCUUAUUAGGCAUGAGAGAAUCCACACAGGGGUGAGGCCCUAUGAAUGUAGUGAGUGUGGAAAAUGCUCCACUAACAUCUCAGACCUUUCUAAACAUCAGAGAAUCCACACAGGAGAGAGGCCCUAUGAAUGCAGUGAGUGUGGGAAAAGCUUCACUAGCAGCUCAGGCCUUUCUGAACAUCAGAGAAUCCACACAGGGAAGAGGCCCUAUGAAUGCCGUGAGUGUGGGAACACCUUCAAUCGCAGUUCGCACCUUAUUAGACAUCAGAAAAUCCACACAGGGGAGAGGCCCUAUCAAUGCAAUGAGUGUGGGAACACCUUCAAUCGCAGUUCGCACCUUAUUAGGCAUCAGGGAAUCCACACAGGGGAGAGGCCCUAUGAAUGCAGUGAGUGUGGGAAAAUUUUCACUUACAGAUCAGGCCUUUUUCUCCAUCAGAAAAUCCACACAGGAGAGAGGCCCUAUGAAUGCAGUGAGUGUGGGAAAACCUUCAAUCGGAGUUCACACCUUAUUAGGCAUGAGAGAAUCCACACAGGGGAGAGGCCUUAUGAAUGCAGUGAGUGUGAGAAAAGCUUCACUAGCCGCUCAGGCCUUUCUAAACAUCAGAGAAUCCACACGGGAGAGGCUCUAUGAAUGCAGUGUGGGAAAACCUUCUCUUGACGUUUAGCCCAUGUUAGACAUCAGAAAAUCUGCAAGGGAGAUGAACAUCAUAAAAACCUCUAGGGCUAUCCAUACUUUUUUUUCUUUAAUAAUUUUCCUGAUUCCCACAUAGUAACUUUUAAAGUUUUUUUUAACUGUUUGCUGCACUGUUAUCCCUCAGCUUGACCAGAUGAGUGGCCCAUUUUUGCCUUUUGCAGUUUGCCCUGUUUUGAGGUGGACUCAUUUGUCCUUUCUAUCAACUCCAGUAUCCCAUGAGUAAUUUAAGCGUACCCUUCAUUUCUGGAACUGGGGAGCAUCACAUUUGUACUAUUCCUCCUAUUGCAAAUUUAUUGUUAGUCACCAAUGAUACAGAUUGUAUCAUUGGCAGUUGUUCUCACGUUGCUCUGGGUUGUGCUGAAGAGCAGAUAUAUUGAGAAUUUUUCAAAUUAUAUUUAAAUGAAGAGGAGCAGGGGCAGGAAAAAGUGUCAUUUCAGCCUCUGUGGCACUGGAAGGCGAUGCGGAGACUCGGAGAUUCCCUCCUUCCCCAUCACUGCAGAACUGUUACCUUUUCUCUGAGCCAUGCAGAGGUUAUCUUCAUCACAUUCUAUCUCUUCACUUCUCAGAGUGUCAUGUGAGGAAGCGUUCUCAGUUGUCUGUGUUUGGAGAUAAUGCUUUGACUUCUUUAAUCUUAUACCAGAGUCACUAUGACUGGAGAUGAAAGUGUCAAAGACCUGGAAAGGGAAUUCAGAUGGAUCUGAAACACAGUGUGAUCAUUUGGAGUUUAAAUCCCAGGUUCCAUCUAUUGGUAAAGCCACUUCUGGCAAGGUGCCUGGUUUUGUCCUCCAUUAUGGGUAUACUAGGAUACUAAACAUGUUGUAAAUAACAUAACUGAGUAUUGAGAGAAUGCUGAGUGAAGUAUGUUUGAAUGGAUCAGAGGAGAGUGUGAUGGGAGAAUCUCUUGUCCUGAUUCUGAAUAAUCAGAUAUAACCUGCUCUGGAAUUUCACUUCACACUUUCAUUGUCAUGUAUUGUGUCUCUCUGUGAUGUGGGUUUCUAUUUUUCCUGAAGGCUGUUUGGUCACCCAAUUUGAUAUUAGUUCAGUUUGAUAGGAUGUAGCUCAGAUUUAUUGAAGAAUUUAAGACAAAUGGCUAUUUGCUAAAGUCAUCAUUUCUCACUUCAGCUUUGCUUUUUCCCCAUCCCUGCAUGAUGACAUGGAGAAAGUUUGAAAGGAGGGAUAGCUCAGUGGUUUGAGCAUUGGUCUGCUAAACCCAGGGUUGUGAGUUCAGUCCUAGAGGGGGCCAUUUAGGGAUUGGAGCAAAAAUCUUUCUGGGGAUUGGUCCUGCUUUGAGCAGAGAGUUGGACUAGAUGGUCCCCUGAGGUCCCUUCCAACCCUCAUAUUCUAUGAAGUGCAGUUCUGUCAACAGGAGAGAAGUCUCCAAUUUACUGGACAGGCUAACAAAGAAACAGCAGUGAUUUAAAAUCUUUACUCAGAAAUGGUGAACAACAGCAGAACCCCAGCUAAGUGUAGGAAAUGUGUAUGAUCACAGUGUAGUUCAAUUGUUUAAGUCAAUGUUGUCUCAGGUGAUCUGGGGAGAGAAUUCCAUGGUAAGUGAUUUUGAGCUAGGCAAAAUGCCUAUGUAUUUGGUUCCAAAGCCUUUGUAACCCAGGUCCUACAGAAGAUCUCUCCUAACUAAUCCUAUGGUAUGGGAGAAGCAGAUGUUGAGGAAAUAGAAGUGGGGUUUUUGUUGAAUUUAUCCUUUGUAGGUGCUAAAAAUGUCUAUGAAAUCAGUUUUGGAAAUCUAAUAGCUGCAGAAAAAUAGCUAUUUUUUAAUAGAAACUCAGCUCUGGUAACUAAUGGAGAUUAUGAUCCAGCCCUGUUUCCAGUCCAUUGCCUGGAACUGUGCCACCAAAUUAAAGAAAAGCUGGGCAUGUUUUGGGAAGCCAUUCCUCACUAACACUGCUGAGAUUUUGAGUGGUUUUGUAAAGGAUUCUACUUCAGAGAAGUGUAAAUUUACCCUAACCGAGGCCAAGGAUUUGGAAAGAACUGGGAUGAAAGGAGUCCACACCCAGUUCUUGGUUUCCACUGCAGUAAAGGAAGCUAUGGUGACCAAUGACCCAAGGAAAAUUGUUUUUACAACUCCAUUUCCUAGUUCAGUGUCACUGAUGACAGUUCCAAAGGAUGCCAGGUUACAUUGGAUCCAAAUAGUGAAGGAUGAUUGUUCUCAAAGAGAGAGUGCUUGAUAGGACAGUCCUUCCCCAUGGAUCCAAAACUGGCUGCCUGAUUGCGUAACAAGGGCUUUCAGGCUGUAGAAAUGAUGGUAACCAAUGAGGCAACAAAUGUGUCAGGCUCCAAUUUCAGACUUCUGGAUACACGCAGGUUGAGUCCUGAUUCUAUGGUUUUGUGUCUGCCUCUAUGGUUACACAAUAAAACUGAUGUUGACGCAGCUGCAUAAUGUAGCUGCGCUGCUGUAGCACUGCUAUUAUUGAUGCUCUAAGCCAAUGAGAUAAAUUUGUCCCAUCAGACUUCAUUAUUCCAGCCCCCGCAAGUAGCAGUGGCUGUGUUGGCAGGGGAAGCUCUCCUGCUGACAUAGCACUAUCUACACAGGGGUUUAGGGCUGUGUAACUACAUUUCUCAGUGGUGUGGAUUUUUCACACCACUGAGAUAUAUAGUUAUAUUGAUAAAUGUCUUUAGUGUAGACCAGACCUUAGUUUUCUCUUGUUUUAUGCAAUUACAUCACUUUUCUCCCUCCUACUACUUUGAAUGACUAAAAAGUGGAACGAGAGGUAUUUUUCCUCAUGAUGCAAACAUUCCCACAUGGGAGACCCCUUCCGCCAACACACAUGGCAGAAGAACCAGAGAUAUAUGAACUCUCGUAAGUGUUGGGAUCUACACUGGGACAAACCACAACUUGAGCCAAGGUUCAGUUGUUGGUAAUGGGGAUUAAAAGAAAACUAACAUGUAUGACAGAAAUUUGUGAUUUUUGAAUACAUUAUUGUUACCAAUGAAAAUGGAAUUAUAGGUAAAGUUGUUGGUUAAAGAGUAAGAGACUGUGUGAUAAUCUGAAUUAUUUUGGAAAACUGAAA